UUCACAAGCCUCACUCAUUGAAUUUUUUGACCUUGUCACAAUUCUAUCUGAAUAGAUCCUGAUCGAUUUAAUUUUGGCUGCAAAUACGCUCUUUCUUGACCCAGACUCACUUUCCGACCACAAUGUCUAUCACUGAGGCAGAGCUCAGUGCGGCGAUUGAGGUGGCGUUAUGUGCAGCUCGCAACGCCACUGAUAUUAUCAACAAAUCCAUUGACGAACGCUCUGCGCCCAUCACGAAUGUGAACACAAAGAGCAACUCUACGGACUGGGUCACCCAGUAUGACAAGCAAUGUGAGGAAGAGGUGCUAAGUGUGCUGCGCGCUGGAACCCCAGACUACGCCAUUAUCAGCGAAGAGACGCAAGCCGACGUCCCACUUGAUGACAGCCCAACAUGGAUUGUAGACCCGAUUGAUGGCACUACUAGCUUUGCGCAUGGGUUGUAUGACUGCUGUGUGUCUAUUGCGCUUGCGGUCAACAAGGAGCCUGUUCUGGGGGUUAUCAGUGCGCCACGCUUACAGGAAAUCUACACCGCUGCCAAGGGGCGCGGCGCGUAUUGCAAUGGGCAACGAAUUCACGUAUCCCAUGCUACAACGCUAAAUGAGUCUGUCGUCAUUAUACAUCAACCCUACAACCGCAGCAAGGCGUGUGUCGAGGCUGUACUCAACACGCAGCGCGAAUUUAUGAAGCUCCCCGUGCACUCUGUCCGGUGUUACGGCUCUGCAGCACUGGAUAUGUGCUUCGUUGCGUCUGGGAAGGCAGAUUUAUACUUCGAAGUCGGAUUCAAUGCAUGGGACUAUGCAGCUGGCGCAAUCAUUGUACGUGAGGCUGGUGGUGUGGUGCACGAUGUAAACAACCAGAACUCGUUAGACUUGAUGGGUAGGGGAAUGUGUUGUGGAUCUAGCAAGGAGGUUACCCUCAAGGCUAUUGAGGUUAUGGAAAAGUACAAUUAUCGAGAUGCUGUCUGGACUUUGGAUUAGGCUCACGUACUGUUCAUUUUUUUUCUGAUUUGUUUCCGUCUUCAAAAAUGUCAAGGAGAGGAUUUCUCUUCUGCCAUAGCGAUUUUGCGUGUGGCGAGUGCAUUUCCUUGUCUUUCCCAUAUUUGUGCAUUUUUACCGUUCUGAUUUUACCGUAGUGUAUGUCUACGUGAAUUGGGCAUAGAAAAGAUAAAAUUAUAUGGACUAUUUUUAUCGCUACUGAUGAGAAAAAUUCUAGUAUAUGCUUGAAAUAGCAGCAUACCCGGUGUGUGUAUCCUGGCAAAGAAAAA